AUGCGUUACUGCCUGUACGCCGCGGGCGUUUUCCAGCUUGUUUGCUUGUUGAUGUUGUUUAUACGGCCGCAGCUUGGUGAAAGCGACUUGAGCAAUCCUGCGGCUAAAGCUUCGUGUGCUUCUUCUGCUGCCAGUCCUCUGGCGACCGCUCGUAAGACCUCAACGACGAGAUAUAAGAAGGCCUGCAGGGCGGACAAGAAGAAGCGAGCUUAA